AUGCCCGGGUCAGUGAUUUACAGCAACCAAGCACGAACGACCAUUUUGGUCGACAUACCUGCGUCUAUCGAAUCAGGUCAGCGAAUCCCAUACAGACUCAAAAGUGCUGCUGCUCUGGAUGAUCCCUAUCCCAGCACAGAACCAAGAGGUUCCAAGAGGGAGACCGCUCUGGGCGCGAUUCCCUUGCACGAUCGAACCUACCACGAGUCCGUCCAGAAGGACAUCUCGUCAGCUCUCACGGAGAUCCAAGACCAUUUGCGUGGUCAAGGCAGUCCUUCAUAUUGGUGCCAUGGCCGCCACGCGCUGCUCCCGAACUCGGAGAGGGUCCUGCAAGCGAUGCCACUAGCUCCUUUCAGAUCUUCGCCGGGGAGCACUGGUGAUCUGUCGUUGUUAGCACCUGUCAUUCUGUCGACCACCGAAACUCAAACCCGAUUCUCCUCCAUCGAUUGUCUGCGCGGUGUCGCAGUGUGCAAUCCUAGCCGAGACAGGACCGCUGUUGUCGAGACCGGAGACGCCGGGGAAUUCCUCAUCCCGGCUCAUGCUUUAUUCGUCCUGGCCAGCCUCGAAGGUGGAAUGGCGGGGUUUCAUUCGGCGCGUCAAAUGCUGCUUCCUCCCCCUCAGCAGUUUCAUUUGAUCGUGAUGGAUCCGCCCUGGUCCAAUCGGUCAGCCCGUCGUUCUGGUGUAUAUCGAACUUCGGAGCACCAAGAGACCGAUCCCUUUCCAGAAGCCAUGCGUAUCGUGAAGGAGUGUCUGGCUUCGAGGGGAUGGCUGGCAGUCUGGAUCACGAACAAGGUAUCUGUUCGUAAGGAUGUAAUAGAUGCUGUUGGCUUAUUGAACCUUCAUCUUCACGAAGAGUGGGUGUGGAUCAAAACGACUGCACGUGGCGUCCCUGUCACUGUUCUUGAUGGCGUGUGGCGUCGUCCAUAUGAGAUUCUUCUGUUAUUCCAAGAAGAUCGGGUCUGCAAGGUUCCCCGGCGACGUGUUAUUGCGGCCGUGCCCGAUGUGCAUUCUCGAAAGCCGAGUCUGAAGGCUUUGCUGGACGAACUGCUGCCCGGGGAGUACCAUGCGUUGGAGCUAUUUGCGCGGAGUCUGACCGCAGGCUGGUGGUCAUGGGGGGACGAAGUAUUGAAGUUUCAGCAUGAGAGUCAAUGGUCUCGAGAGGUUUGA